GGUGGGAGAUGCCGGGGGGGGGACGCCGGUGGCACCGCGUAGGGCGCAGGCGGGUGCCUGGUUGGGGUGGCCAAGGUCAGGCUGGGUCCCCGCCGGGCCAGGGCGCCGGUGGCAGCGGGAGGGCAGAGGCUUUGCGGGGUGGGCAGGGGUCCCACGGGGCAGCAGUGUCCGGGCCCCCGCGGCAGCAGAGGGGCUGUGCGGGGGUCGGGGGCUCGGUGACAGCACCAGGCCUGGCAGAGAGCGAGGUUGGCCAGGCACCGGCUGCCACCGCACCGCGCAGAGCCGGCAGCCGCCCGGUUAAUCUUUAACAUUUUCCCGGUGCUAAAAUUAGCCUCGAUGGGAACUGCAGUGAUGGGGGGGGCAGGCGGACACCCCUUCCCUCCAGCACAGGUUUCAGGGUGCUGUCCCACCGCGGCUCCCCGUGUGAGGUACCGGGGUGGUUUUGGGUGCGUUGGGAGCCAGGCAGGGGCUGGGAGCUCUCCCACGCUGGGGGGGUCCCUGCCCUGGCUGACCCUGCUGGGGUGCAGGGCUGGGGGGCCGGGAGACACCCCAAUCUGCUGGUACCCCCCCAGCUCCAGGGUGGGACUCCCUCAGUGACACGAGGGAGCCCUUCGGGUAGGAGCGAGAUGGGACUGGCAGCACCAGGCCCUACCUGCACCAACACGCUGCCAGGCCCGGCCCUGCCGUGCCAGGGCUGCCAGGGAGCGGUGGGGGGAGCAGGAGCCAGCGCAGAGGUCUGGGGGCUCCCCCAGCCACAUUCUAGUGUGGGGAGACCGUCUCAUCUCUGCGGCCCUGGGCGAUGGUGUGUGUGCAGCAGAUGGGGAAACUGAGGCACGGAUGGAAGGAGCUGCAGCCUGUAGAGACAGGGGUUGUUUGGCUCCUUCUGCCCCCCCAGCAGAGCCCAGGAAGGGGCUGCACUUGGGGCAGGGGAGAUGGGGGAGUGGGGACUGCGUACCUGCCCCGGGGGUGCCCCCACCCUGCCGGUGCCCCUGGCGGCCCUGCUCCCGGUGCGGGUGCAGGACGCUGGAUGUGGGGCAGCAGCUCGGCAGCACCGGGGGGGCUGGUGGGUCUGGCUUGUGGCCCAGACUGCUGUGUCCUGUUUUUGGUGGCAGCUCGUCCCCCAUGGGCACCGAGCCUCGGCGCGGCGGUGCCGGGGCAGCCUCAGCCCCGGCUCGGCACAGAUCUGUGGCUGGGUUAAUGGGCCAGGGCCCAGGGGGCGGCCAGGGGGACACUUGGCACGUGGCAACGACAGGGACACUGAGGUGCCGCCACAGUGUCCCUGUGGCACACAGGCACAGCCACCCCCGGCUGGGGACCUGCUCAGGGACAGGGUUCAGGGUUCCUCUGGGACCAGGUGCUGCCGUGUCCAAAGGUCGUGCUGGUGGUUUGGUUCUGGCGUGAUGGGCACUGCCGCCAACCUCGGCCCCUCGGCUCACCCGGUGUCAGGGGAUAACAUGUGUAACUCUGCUGUGCCAAAACCCCCUCCCCAGUGCCAGCGCCGGCCCAGAGAGCCCGACUGCGGCACUGGCCUCCCCGGUGCUCUGCCCAAAUAUUUCCUGCUGCCACCCGCCCUCCCUGCCUGCCUCAGUUUCCCCAUUGCCCUGGUCGUGUCCCGCUGUGCCCGCGGCCGGGCUGGUCGGUUUGCCGGGGUGUCGCGGCUCAGGUCCUGCCCUGCCGGCGCCUCUGCUCCUGCACCGUCCCCCCCCGGGACCCGUCUGCCCCACGGGGCUGGGAGUGGGUCCGUGAGUCAGCGCUGGGCACGGGGGGGGCUCGGCGGCUCCUGCUGUCACCUUAGGAAUGAGCGUCGCUCCCCUCGGGGGGCUGUGCGGGGUGGGGUGCCCACACCUGCCCCCCCGUGUCCCCCAGAGCUGCUGCUGGAUGAUAUUGUGCUCACACACUCGCUCUUCCUGCCCACCGAGCGCUUCCUGCAGCAGCUGCACCAGCACUUCGUGCUGGCGGGGGGCAGCCCCCCGGCGCACUGGGAGCGGGGGUCCGGGCUGCGGCGCAAGCAGGCGGUGCUGGCCGUGCUGCUGCACUUCCUCGAGACCUACAAGGGGCUGCUGCAGGAGGAGGAGAGCGCCGGGAAGGUGAUCAAGGAGCUCUACCUGCUCAUCAUGAAGGACACGUCGCUCUACAACGAACUGGAGGAUGAAAUCCUCAAGCUGCACCAGCUCGUGGAGACUGUGGAGCUCAAGGUGGCCGACGAGACACCCCCCCCGAACAAGCAGGUGAAGCCGCUGUUCAGGCACUUCCGCCGCAUCGACUCGUGCCUGCAGACGCGGGUGGCUUUCCGGGGCUCUGAUGAGAUUUUCUGCCGCGUGUACAUGCCCGACCACUCGUACGUCACCAUCCGCAGCCGCCUCUCGGCCUCGGUGCAGGACAUCCUGGCCUCGGUCACCGAGAAGCUGCAGUACUCGGAGGAGCAGAGCGCCCGCGAGGACGCCCUCAUCCUCGUCACCAUGGCCUCGUCGGGAGAGAAAGCCGUGCUGCAGCCCAGCGAGGAGUGCGUCUUCACCACCCUGGGCAUCAACAGCCACCUCUUCGCCUGCACCAGGGACACCUUCGACUCGCUGGUGCCACUACCCGAGGAGAUCCAGGUGGUCCCGGGGGACACCGAGAUCCACCGCGCCGAGCCGGAGGACAUCGCCAACCACCUCACCGCCUUCCACUGGGAGCUGUUCCGCUGCAUCCACGAGCUGGAGUUCGUGGAUUACGUGUUCCACGGGGAGCGGGGCCGGCGGGAGACGGCGAACCUGGAGCUGCUGCUGCAGCGCUGCAGUGAGGUGCAGCACUGGGUGGGCACCGAGCUGCUGCUCUGCGAGUCGCUGGGCAAGCGCGCACACCUGCUCAAGAAGCUCAUCAAGAUCGCGGCCAUCUGCAAGCAGAACCAGGACAUGCUCUCCUUCUACGCCAUCGUCAUCGGGCUCAACAACGCGGCCAUCAGCCGUCUGCGCCUCACCUGGGAGAAACUCCCAGGGAAAUUCAAGAACCUGUUUCGGAAGUUUGAGAACCUGACGGAUCCCUGCAGGAACCACAAGACCUACCGGGAGGUGCUGGCCAAGAUGAAACCCCCGCUCAUCCCCUUCCUGCCGCUCAUCCUUAAAGAUCUGACCUUCCUGCACGAAGGCAGCAAGACCCUCCUGGAUGGGCUGGUCAACGUGGAGAAACUGCACUGCAUCGCUGAGAAAGUCAGGACCAUCCGAAAGUACCGGAGCCGCCCGCUCUGCCUGGAGCUGGAGGCGUCCCCCAGCCAGCUGCAGACCAAGGCGUACGUGCGGCAGCUGCGGGUCAUCGACAACCAGAACCUGCUCUUCGAGCUCUCCUACAAACUGGAGCCCGGCAGCCAGUGAGGCCGGGGGGGCCCCCACCCCGGGGGGGGCCUGGACCCCCCCAGCACUGACGCACUUUGGCCAGGGGGCCCCGGCCUCGCGCGGGGCGGGGGGUGCAGGUGGGUGCUGCCCCCCCACCCUUGGCACGGGGUGUGUGUGGGGGGGGCGGGUUUGGGGACCCCGGGCGCAUCAACCCCCCCCCAAUUCCCUCUGGCACGCACUGACCCCCCGUCCCCUGGGGGGGACCCUGCUGGACCCCCCUUUAUUUUUGUACGUGGCCCCCCCGCCCCCCCCCUCCCCAGACGUGUAUAUUUUGUACCGAACCGCGGUCCGGAAUUGUACAUUUAUUUUUUAAGAAAAAGGAGGAAAAAAGGCAAAAAAAAGAAAAAAGUGCCCGGGAGGGGCGGGGGGCGUGGAGCCCCAAUAAAAGGUUGUCCCGUCUCGUGACGUCA